AUGGGAUUGGGUCGGACCGCUUCGCACAGGAUCCUCACGCGCGAAAUCGGUGGCAGCAAGAACGUAUUCACAGCGAAGCUUCCAAACCGCACGCUCGCUAGAAUCGCCAUGAAGCUUCCUCGCCCCGCUCUUCUCCUGCUCCUUCUCCUCGUCUCCGUCGCACUACUUCCGCUCUUCGCCUCGUCGCGCACGCUUCCGCCAAGGCAGCAGCCCACAGGGGGGGAGAUUCCGCCGGCCACAGGGAAAGCCACCACCGCUCCCCCCCGCCACCCGCGCGGGGGGAACGGGACGGUAGCGGCGGGGAACCGAACGAAGGGUGGGCAUCCGAACAAGGGGCACCAUCGCGGGAACGGCACAGCGGCAGGGGGACCUUCCCCAAAGUCGCCAGCGAACGGAAACGUAAAGAAUGGAAAUGCGCCAAAUGGUCAGAAGAAUGGUGGCACGCAGCCGAACAAGAAUGGCGGCGGGAGCGGCGGCGCACAGACGAACAAGAACGGUAGCGCGCAGCCGAACAAGAACGGCGGCAGCGGCGGCGGCGGCGGCGCCAAUAAGCCGCGUCGACCGAAGCAAAUCGCCGAGGAGGACUGUAGCAGCAAAACAUCGUGGCCAGAGGUGGUUGGCAUGACGGGCGAAAAGGCUCGCAAUUACAUUCUGACGUCUAUGCCUGAGUGUAACUGGGACGUGCGAAUUAUCCCGAAUAGGGGAUUCGCGACAAUGGAUUAUCGCACAAACCGCGUUCGUGUUUUUGUCGACAAGGAGAAUAUCGUUCGUGUCCCUCCUAGAAUUGGCUAA